CGGACGAUACGCCAAGCCCAGAUCAGAUAUUUUCUCUUCCUUAAUCACUAAUCUUUCUUCUCUCUCUCCUCUCUUUCCUCCUAUCAGCAUCAACCUCUCAACAAUGGCUACCUCAACCUCCUCAGCAGCAACAACAAACCUAAUGCUAGCAAUCCACGAGAAGAAGACGAACUCCGUUGACCUAUACCGUCCCCUGCGCAAUUACAUCACCUUCCACUACUCCGAGCGCGAGGCGCAAAACCUAGAAGACGAUCUCGAAACCGUCAAACAACUCCGCACCGACAUCGAAAAAUCAUCCGAUUCGCCUCCCGCAAGGCGCGACAUUCUAAUCAAGUACUUCAAAUGCCUUUGCUUAAUGGAAACUCGAUUCCCAAUUUCGUCCGACAAGGAUCACAUCAAUACGCUUCAAUUCACCUGGUUCGACGCUUUUAAAACCAGGAAUAAGUCGUCGCAAAUCAAUCUACACCUUGAGAAGGCGGCUGUGUUGUUUAAUUUGGGUGCGGUGUAUAGUCAGAUUGGUCUGGCUGUUGAUCGGUCCACGGUGGAGGGGAGGAAGCAGGCGGUCUAUAACUUUGUUACUGCUGCCGGUGUUUUCGCUUAUUUGAGGGAUAAUGUGGCGGUAAAGGCGGCCGCUGGGGGGUCGGCGACUGUGGAUGUUUCAGUUGAGUGUGCUGGGAUGUUAGAGAGGCUGAUGUUGGCUCAGGCUCAGGAGUGUGUUUUUGAGACUAGCAUUGCUAAAGGAAGUACUCCUGGUGUUUGCUCUAAGAUUUCCCGUCAGGUUGGAAUCUAUUACGAGGAAGCUUUAGCGGCACUUAGUGUUCCUCCUCUUAAUCAACAUUUUGACAAGACUUGGAUAGCCCAUGUGCAGCUAAAGGCAUCUCUUUUUUUCGCUGAAGCUUGCUUUAGGUAUAGUUUAGAGCUCCAUGAGAAAGAGGAGAUAGCUGAAGAAAUUGCUAGGCUAAAGUCUGGGAUUAGUGCUCUAUCUGAUAAGAGAUCAACAAAAGGAGCUCCUGCACAGCUCCUAGACGCUGUUAGUAAGCUAGAGGCAAGUCUUAAUCGCAAUUUGGAGAGGGCAAUGAAGGAGAACGAUAGAGUGUACUUGCAAAGGGUUCCACAGGCUAGUUCAUUGGCUCCUCUAUCUGCGUUCUCUAUGGUAAAACCAAUGUCUCUUGAUGAGUUAGUGGACGCGAGCAAAGAGAAGAUGUUUUUAUCUCUUAUUCCAGACAGUAGUACCAAAGCACUUUCCAGGUACACUGAGAUGGUUGAUGAUGUUAUCAGAACACAAGCUGAGAAACUCCAGCAGGGAAGCGAGCUAGCUAGAGUGAGGCUCAAAGAAAUGGACUUGCCUGAAUCUCUUCUUGCUUUAGAAGGGAAUGUAACCCUUCCAGAAAAUCUUAAAGAAGAUGUGGAAGCAGUGCAAAUUAGCGGUGGCCCAGCUGGACUGGAAGGUGAGUUACAGCAACUUAGAGAUCUGAGAAGGGUCAAUCAUGAAUUAUUGGUGCAGACAGAGGAACUUUUGCAAAAAGAAGCUCAGGAGGAUUCUCAAUUUAGAAGCCAGUUUGGCACACGGUGGACUAGGCCUCAAUCCAGUACACUUACAAAAAACCUGCUGGAUAGGCUGAAUAGAUUUGCUGCAAACUUGAAGCAAGCUGGAGAAAGUGAUGCUAGAAUUGAGCGUUCUGUUAAAGACCAUUCUUCCCUCAUGUCCAUACUUGAUUGCCAUCCUAUUGAGGCUGCACUUCCAAGUCUUGCAAAGCCAAUCAUGUCUUUGGAUGCUAACGAGGAUGCAAUAGUUGGAAAUUUGAAGCAAAGUCUGAGGCAACUGGAGACUCUCGGAGCCGAACGGGCAGGCCUUGAAGACAUGCUUAAAGAAAUGAAAAGAAAGGAUGACAUACUGCCAAAGCUAAUGACAUCUACUGGAUCUUAUGAGGAUCUUUUUAAGAAGGAGAUAGCAAAAUAUGAUAACAUCUGCGAGGAGAUUUCUCAUAAUAUCCAGGCACAAGGGCAGCUAUUGAUGCAAAUUCAGGCUCAUAAUGACCAGUUCUCUGCUAUCUUCAAUCUUGAAGAUUUCAAGGCUUCCAGAGAGAAGUGCUAUAAGCAGAUUGAAGCUGCAAUAGCAAAGUACCGAGAAAUCAAGGAGAACAUAAACGAGGGACUCAAGUUUUAUGUAACGCUCCAGGAUGCAAUUACAAAUGUAAAACAACAGUGUAGUGACUUUGUGAUGACCCGAAAUAUCCAGUGCCGUGAAAUGAUAGAAGAUGUGCAGAGACAAAUAUCAGGUCUCAGUUUCCAGGAUAGGACUUCGAGUAAUCAGAGCUACCCAUCAGUAGGGCAAAACCAUCCGCCUCCAAGAACAAUGUCUCCGCAGCAAACAGAUAACGGAAAUGUUUCCCAAGCUUCAAGGGCACAGGUACCUGCCUCCUAUUAUCAUCCAGCCUCGCAGCAAACAGAGACUGGAAAUGUUAGGCCACAAUCACCAGCCCCUUACUAUCAGCCACCACAGGAUCCCCCAAUGCCUGGAUAUGCUCCUUCUUAUGGUGGUCCCUCCCAGCAACCACAUCAACCUCCAUACCAGGGUCAGGGUCAGGGUCCACCUUCAUCUGGUUCACCAUACCCAUCCCAACAACCACACCAGCAGCCGCCAAGCAGUUAUGAAUAUGGGCAGCCUGCUUAUCCAGGAUGGCGAGGUCCAUAUUACAAUGCACAUAACCAACAGCCUUCAUCGUUCCCUCGACCACCAUACACUGUUCCAACUCCCUAUCCUCCUCAUCAAGGUGGAUACUACAGGCCACAAUGAUGUUUGCAGUGUAAUGCCAUGGUUUACCUUUUUAUUUAUGUAAUCAUUUCAUCCGGAGGCCAGGAUAGACUGUAUAUUAAAUCUCGUGUAUUGACUUGUACUUCAUACCCAUACCCUUCAUGUAUAGGCUCCUGAUUUUUGUCCAGUCUUUGCAAAGUGCUAAUAAUCAUUUGUGAAAUUCAUAGCAACAACAUUACAGUAGAUAUUUGCUUAAAGGCACUGUAUAGUAUCGCAAAAUUUGUCAUUGUUACAAUGAUAUUCACCAAAAGUUUGUGCU